AUGAAAACGCCCGAAUUCAGUCUAGACUCGCUGAAGAAAAAGCGAAAGAAAAGGAAGAAGAAAUUGGACUACGAAAAGCUGAGUGCCCAUUACUUCUUGAAGCUGCCCAUUUUCAUCAUCCUCAUGGCUGUGUUCUUCCUGAACGCGUUCAUAUACAUUUUCAUACGGUUCUGCAUUUUCCUGUUCGAGAAUGUGUCCUUCUUCCUCAUAACCAAGUACAGUGACUUUUGCAGGUGCGUGGGGAGGUCGCGCGGUGGGGGAAGCGGUGGAAGGGGCGGCGUAAGAAGCAACGAAGCAGGGGGGCGGGAAGGCCAAAAACGAACCCGUGGAAAUGCGCGUCACCCACAAAGCACGGACAAAGCCGAAGAGAGCAUAUUCCAGAUAGACAGGCUGAUGCGCUCAUGCAGCAGUUAUAAGGAAUAUAUAAAAUAUGCCUACCGAAUGGAUGAGCUUACUGGGAAGACGAUUCACAUAAACGAAAAUGAUGAUUACAUAAACACGUAUGAUGUAAAUUUGUUAAAAAAAACGAGCCAGAGAAUAAAAAAGAAUUUGAAGAACAGCGAUGUGUUGAGGGUACUGGAGGAUAUAAAAGUAGCUACCUCACCAACGAUUAAGGCAAUUUUUCAGGAAAAAUAUUAUUGCAAGACCUAUUCUACCCCCCACAUUAUAGUGACUGAUUUUAUAACCCAUGUGAUGGAGGGACUGGAGUUUGUAGAUCGGUACGUACAUCAGCAGAAGGAGACGAAUUUAAGUUACGUCUUCUCAGAUGAGUACCUACUCAUUAAGAGGAUCUUUAAGGAUGUCUUUCGGCAGUGGGGAAAUACUGCCUUGUUCCUCAGCGGAGGCGCCAUCCUGGGUCUCCACCACUUUGGCGUCUUGGAGGUGUUUCUCAAGUCCUCGAUUAAUGUGAACUACUUUGAGGAGUGCUCCCCGGGGGGGGGGCCGCCCGCUCGAGAGGGGGAGUCUACCAAGGAGCGGCAGUCUGCGGCGGAUCGGCAGAGCGCACCCAUGCCGGAGGAGUGCAAAUCGGACUGCACCUCUAACGAUAAGGGCACCCGUGCGGAAUGGAGAAACCGCAACCCAAAGGGAGGCCAACCCGCCGUGGGGAGGAACCCCCCCCCAGGGGCCAAGCCAACCAAAGGGGCUAAGCCAGCCAAAGGGAAGGAUGCAAAGGUUGCCAAAAAUGCAGAAAAGGGAAAGACGAGCAAGGUAGACCUAAUUAAGAAAUUUCUCUUUAGCCGCAACCGAUUUGGCAGCCAUUCGGGAUACACCCCUGUGGAGGGGGCGCCGCGUGGCGGAGGGGAUUCCAUGGGCCCGUCGAGCGAGGGGAGCUCGGGUGAGUUCUCCUUCAGCACGAGUAACUCUUCGCUGAGCGAGUUGGACUUGGGCUCGGCGCGGGGUGGAAGUGGUGAACAGGUUGGAAGUGUUGAGCGGGAUGCCCCCCGCUCGCCGCUUAACCACAUCGGGGGAGAAGGGAGGCCCAGGCCAAAAGGCUUCCCAAGCAGCCCCCCCAAGAGUGUCCCCCUCUCGAACAAAGAAAAAGACUUCGUGCCGAACUUCGAUGACAACAUCCUGCCGCAAAUCAUAUGCGGGACCUCUGCAGGGAGCAUCAUCGCAGCCUGGGUGUGCUCAAGAACCAACAAGGAAUUGCUUCAAGAAUUUAACAUCGAAUUUAUAUACCAGAUUGUGUCUUGUUUUUCUUCCGAAAAUUGGCUCUACUCCUUUUUUAAUAUUUAUAGAAAAGGAAAUUUUUAUGAUAUUGACAAAUUUGUGAAGCUCAUUCAUAACCUCUACGGGGACAUGACCUUUCUGGAGGCUUUCAUUAAGACUAACUUGGUCUUAAAUAUUACAGUGACUAGAGCAGAGUCUGGGGGAUCUAAUUUCCCUUGUGAUGAGGAUGGUCAUAUGGUUUUAAACUAUAUGAAUAGCCCUAAUGUAUUGAUUUACACGGCUGUUUUGGCUAGCUGUUCCUUUCCGUACCUUCUGCAGCCGUUUAAAUUGUUGGAGAAGAAAUACAAUCGGGAGAACGUCCAUAGGUUUAUGUCCGUUAAGGAGGUGAGCAAUGCCAAGUUCAUUCUGAAUAGCAACAGCGCGUUUAACCAGAGGAGCCUUUUGCGCGAGACGGAGCGCGGGCCCAGCGGCACCAGCGGGGGAAGUGCGGUGAGCGUACCCAGCGCAGCGGGGGAAGCAAGUGCAACGAGCGAUACGGGUGACCGGGGCGAUCCGGGCGAUGUGAGUGAUGUGAGCCAUCCCGGCGAGCUGUCCGAAGGCGGGAUGCAGUCCGACCAGGCGAAGAGCGGCCCCCCCAAGGGUACUCACCGCGCAGCACAGAAGAAGCACUUCCAAACACGCGAGAAGGUGAACUCCGUGAGCGUCACGACGGAUGUGAGCAUGAAGGAUGAGGGGGAUCCCAGGAAAAGCAUUUCAGAUAAGGGCGCUGCCCCCCCGAGCGGGCGCGCCCAAUUGGGCUCGGCGGGGUGCUCAGAUGACCCAAAGGGGGGGAAGAAGAGGAAGGGCAAAGGGGGGGUCUUUCCAGGGAAGAGUGGCGUAACUGGCGCGACUGACGCUACCACCACUGCUCUCACUGCCACCACUCCUGCCAACCGCGUGAACGACCCGGAGCGCAAACCUAGGAGCAAACAGGGAACGGCGGAAGGAGGCGUCACGGGGAGCACGCCGGCCGGGAAACGCCCAACCGGCGCAGACGAACAGGAGGACCAUUCGCAAACAGAUCAGCCGAAGAACAAAGCAAGCGAGUGCAUCGACCUUAAUGAGUACAAACAUAUAAAUCUCCUGGAUGAGGACUACACCAUUAUAAACAGUGUGCAAUUUAAAAAUACCUAUUUUCAUGAUGGGUCCCUAAAGAGUGACAUUCCUGCCCAUAAUUUGAACCAAAUUUUGUCGGUGAAAUACAAAAUCGUGUCUCAGGUGAAUCCCCAUGUGUUCCCUUUCACAGGGGUUCGAGUUCACGGGGAAGCAGGCAAGCCCGUAAAAUGGAGGGGCAAUUCUGGCCACUGGAGGGCCGGGUUUUUGAUGUCCUCUAUGGAAAUAUUAUUUAAAGAGAACAUGCGGUACAUUUUGCGGCUGAUGGCGUUGCUGGAUCUGUCCCCCACGAUUCGGGGCCUCAACGCGGGCUCGAUCGCGAUGCAGAACUACAACGGAGACAUCACCCUGCACCCGAAGCGGCUCUACCUCAGGCACUUCAAACUGAUCAGCGUCUCCAGCUACGACGACGUGGAGUGGUACAUCCAGCAGGGCCGGCAAAUGACCUUCCAGAAGCUCCCCCUCAUUCUCAACAGGAUGAAGAUAGAGAAGAAGCUCAUCAAGAUGAAGAAGUCCUUUUGGGGGUAG